AUGGCCACCGGCCUGGCCCCGUCCCUGGCCCUCACUCUAACGUCGGCGGCUUCAUCGUCAUCUUCAACUGGCCUAAACUCUGCUGCUGCUGCCCUUGCCGCUGCCUCCGCCUCCUCUUCGGGUCUGUCACUCGCUGCAGCUGCAAUUCCUACUGCUUCUACCGCUCUAUCCGCCGUGCCCACCCACCACCCCCCGCCCUUCCUCCCACCAACUCCCUCGACAAUGGCGGGGUGGAUAGCUUGGGUGUUCACCUUCAUCUUUCAGGUGAUUCCUCGUGGAUUAUACUGGACCAUUGCCUUUACCACCAUCACUUUGCCUACAUGGCUCUUUACGCUCUUUUCCAUGAGCUUGACGUUCACCAUGAACUUCACGACCCUCAUGUUGAUCAUCCUCGUCCUAGUCUCGACCGUCAGCUGGUUCAUCCGCUACCGUUUCUUGAACAUGUAUAGCCGUUUACCUCCAGAGCCUCAACGCAAGGAAGCACAAAUCGACCUAUUUCCCGAUGUUCAAGAAGGCGACACGAAACCAGGGCUGUCAAAUUACCUCGAUGAAUUCUUCAGCGCAAUCAAGGUCUUUGGAUAUUUGGAACGGCCGGUCUUUCACGAAUUGACUCGGACCAUGCAGACAAGGAAGCUGAUCGCGGGAGAGACCCUUAUGCUGGAGGAAGAGAAGGGGUUCUGCAUGGUGGUGGAUGGACUGGUUCAGAUCUUCGUCAAAUCCACCCGCCAAGGCAACAAAAUGGGCUCCUCCGAGGAUCUCCACCUGGAUGACGAUGCUACAUCUGACGAGGAGGACAACCAAAUGCAUGGUCGGCAGGGAUACCAAUUGCUCACCGAAGUGAAAAACGGUGCUUCCAUGUCGUCGCUCUUCUCUAUCUUGUCUCUAUUCACGGAAGACAUCCAACUCCGCAACUCCCACAGCUCUAGCUCUAGUACCUCUAGCGCAGGGCCCGACCCAGCCAACUUUCAUGCCGAAUCCCUUCCUGUCAGCCCUAGCGUCGGGGUCAUCGGGAGCCCUCAGUCCACCAUUCGGGAUUAUGGCGAUCCCCUUAGGACUAUGAAUGGCCACGUGGAUGGACUGCCAGCAGUUCCUCCACUCCAUCUAGGAGAAAGUCAUGGCUUGCCCAACCACACACCUGAACCCAACCUCAACCGACAGAACAAGAAGCGCCGCAAGUCGGUUCACCCGGACAUUGUCGCCCGAGCUACUGUGGAUACGACGAUUGCUAUCAUACCCGCGAGCGCUUUCCGCCGCUUGACUCGGGUCUACCCUAGAGCAACUGCACACAUCGUUCAAGUCAUCCUGACACGUCUUCAACGCGUGACAUUUGCAACUGCCCACUCCUACCUGGGCUUGACAACGGAUGUCCUGGGAAUUGAGCGACAAAUCUCCAAGUUUACCACAUGGGACCUUCCCAAUGAUCUACGAGGCAGCGCAUUGGACCGUCUCAAGGACAAGUUCAUGCGAGAGCGGGACCGCCUGGGACCAGAGGAAGUUUGCAAGGGGAUUGCUCUGCACAACCCCUCUGUCGGACGAAGACGGCGCUCCAGCAGCUCCCUUAGGAAGGAAGCUGUUCUACAAGCCCGUAUGAUGGGGAACAGUCGCCCCGUCCCUCUCACCCCCCACAGACAGCCAACUGCAUUCAUGGACCGCGAUAUGAUGGGAGUCAGUCCCGGUGAUUUGCUCUCUACUAUUCAGCUAUCUCGAUUUGGCCCGCGCGGUGACCACAUCAGCCCUCAGCUGCAGAGUCCCUUGACUGAGAAAGAACGCCCUCUGUUCCAAGCUGCACGCAAGGACCUUCGUCCGUCUCCGUUCCAGCGCAAGGAUUCGAUCGAUGAAGAUACUCUGUUCCGGGAGUCGAUCUUGGAUUGUAUGAUGAAAGCCAUUGGUUUGACCGAGAGUACUAGUGAUGCCUUGCGCAAUAGUAGCCACAAUUCCGGCGAAGCUUCGCCUAAGCUGCUUUCGUACGACUCCCGUCGACAGAAGGCAGUCUUCUCAAACGCAUUUGGAUUUAUUGAUCCCUAUGAGGGGUCAGGAGAUGGCGAAACCGAAUCCAUGAUGUCCAUGUCAGUGACCAGCGCUGGAGGAACUUCUCCGGUUGUCAACCUCCGUGAGGAUCUACGCCACGACAUCGAGGUCGUCUAUUUCCCCCAGGGCUCGGUUCUUGUGGAGCAGGGCGAACGCCAUCCCGGUCUUUACUAUGUCAUCGACGGGUUUUUGGACGUUGGCAUUCCGGUCAAUGAGCGUGGCGAUGAUCUCGUUGGAAGCUCUCGUCCAUCUGAUGGGCCAAUCUCGCAAGCUCAGGAGGAGUUGUUCCCCAAUCUGACACGUACCAUCACGGCCUCCUCGCGAGUCUCCGCUUCCAAUGGCUCUGGUGACUCCCGGCGUAAGAGUCAUUCCCGCAAAUCGCUAUACCUGAUCAAGCCAGGUGGUAUCCAGGGAUACGUCGGUGCUCUUGCCUCCUAUCGGUCUUACACCGAUGUCGUUGCCAAAACCGAUGUCUACGUUGGAUUCCUCCCGCGAGCAUCUCUCGAGCGAAUCGCGGAUAGGUACCCGAUUGCCCUGCUCACGCUGGCCAAGCGAUUGACUAGUUUGCUGCCGCGUCUGCUGCUCCACAUCGAUUUUGCCUUGGAAUGGGUGCAAGUCAAUGCGGGCCAGGUGAUUUACCACCAAGGAGACGAGAGUGAUGCUAUCUAUCUUGUGCUGAAUGGUCGACUGCGGUCUGUCCUGGAGGGAUCCAAGGGCAAGAUGACGGUGAUCGGCGAGUAUGGUCAGGGCGAAAGUGUGGGCGAACUCGAAGUGAUGACCGAGUCUACUCGGCCAGCUACUCUACAUGCCAUCCGAGACACCGAAUUGGCCAAGUUCCCCCGCUCGCUGUUCAACAGCUUGGCACAAGAACAUCCUGGAAUUACGAUCCAAGUUUCCAAGUUGAUUGCCCAACGCAUGCGUGAUCUAGUCGAGCAUCCUCUUUCCGAUAAGGGCAUCGAACAGGGUUCUGUUGGUGGUGUUCAGACUGCUACAUCAACUGUCAAUCUCCGCACAGUCGCGAUCCUUCCGGUGACUGCGGGCGUUCCCGUGGUCGAGUUCGGACACCGGCUACUCAACGCGCUUCACCAGAUUGGCGUGACCAGAGGAGUAACUUCGCUUAAUCAGGCUGCCAUUUUGAACCACCUGGGCCGACAUGCGUUCAGCAAGAUGGGUAAACUGAAGCUUUCUCAGUACCUUGCCGACCUCGAGGAGAAGUAUGGACUCGUGCUGUACAUCGCGGAUACCAAUGUGAACUCUCCCUGGACGCAGACUUGUAUUGCGCAGGCAGACUCCAUUCUGUUGGUCGGUCUCGCUGAGUCGUCGCCUCGCAUCGGUGAAUAUGAGCGUUUCCUCUUAGGCAUGAAGACCACCGCCCGGAAAGAGCUCGUGCUUCUACACGCUGAGCGAUACUGCUCGCCUGGAUUGACCCGCCGCUGGCUCAAAAACCGAGUGUGGAUUAACGGUGGCCAUCACCACAUCCAGAUGGCCUUCCGCCUCACGACAGAGCCCUCACACCCACAGACUAGGAAGUUUGGCACCGUGCUCAAGCAGCGGGUGCAGAUUUUGCAGGCUGAGAUUCAGAAGUAUACUUCUCGGCGAAUCCAACAAACCCCGCUCUACUCGCCGCAGACCCCUUUCAAGGGAGAUUUCCAUCGUUUGGCCCGGCGACUGUGUGGCAAGUCUGUCGGCCUUGUCCUAGGUGGUGGUGGAGCUCGAGGAAUUGCCCAAGUUGGCGUGAUCAAGGCUCUCGAAGAGGCUGGCAUUCCGAUUGACAUAAUUGGAGGUACUUCCAUUGGUUCCUUCAUCGGUGCUUUGUACGCACGGGACGCAGAUGUGGUCCCCAUGUAUGGUCGCGCAAAGAAGUUCUCCGGUCGCAUGGGAAGCAUGUGGCGAUUCGCGCUGGACUUGACCUACCCAACCGUCUCAUACACUACCGGCCACGAAUUCAAUCGUGGUAUCUUCAAGACCUUCGGCGACAGCCAGAUUGAAGAUUUCUGGCUUGAAUUUUACUGCAACACGACGAAUAUCAGCCGCUCCCGUGCUGAGUAUCACUCUUCUGGAUACGUGUGGCGUUACGUCCGUGCCUCGAUGUCUCUCGCCGGCCUCAUCCCUCCAAUCUGCGACGAAGGCAGCAUGCUCCUUGACGGCGGCUACAUCGACAAUCUAACAGUGGCUCACAUGAAGAGUCUCGGUGCAGACGUCAUCUUCGCCGUGGACGUCGGUUCCAUCGACGACAACACCCCGCAAAGCUACGGCGACUCUCUCUCCGGUUUCUGGUCCAUGCUCAACAGAUGGAACCCGUUCUCUGGAAUCCCCAAUCCACCCACACUCUCCGAAAUCCAAGCCCGUCUCGCCUACGUCUCUUCGAUCGAUAACCUCGAACGAGCGAAGAGCACCGCCGGAUGUUUGUACAUGCGUCCGCCAAUUGAUCCGUAUGGAACGCUUGAUUUUGGUAAAUUUGACGAGAUUUAUCAAGUCGGGUAUGCGUAUGGUAAGGAGUUCCUGGAUCGUCUUAAGAAUGAGGGUUCUCUACCGAUUCCGGAGGAGACGGAGGAAAAGCGGAAGUUGCAACGGACGAUGGCUCCUCGGAGAGCUAGUAUUUAA